CUUUGGACGGUCAAUUGAUUGGAGUUGAUUUACUGGACGAAGGGCUUUAUUUUGGAUUUGAUGGACCAGCUUUUAAGUUUCCCGCACAGAUUUGUAGUAUUGACGUCUUAAGACAAGCCUUAGAAAUUUUAUACUAUUUUAAG